GUUCUGAAAUUGUGAAUUUAUUGUUUCCCUUCUAAUUGAUGUCGAUUAAUGUAGAGUAGCUCCGAUGUAAAACAGCUUAGGGAUACCAUGCACGAGCAAUAUUGGUUUACAUUCCCCAGAUGCCGGUUUCGGUAUGUUUUGUGAAAUCUCGCCCCGGUAGUAUGCGGCGUUCUACUUUACCGGUUAACACAGCACCUGCCGGUCGGCAGCUGGUACUGUGCUAUUUAUUUAUUUGUGGAUUUAAAAGCGGUGCAGAAGAAUAAGAAAAUGAAUCACCGUACUUGUCGAUUUUCAACAAUUAUCACAGUCCAUUAGUAGUGCGUAGUAGUAAUCUAGUGUCGUAAACAUUGACAACAAAUUUAAUAUCAGAGUGAUAAAUGAAAAACUAAAUGUUUAAAUCUGGAAGGCGUCUCAGUGACUACAUAAAUCAAAAGAAAUUUAAAAAAAGUACAAAAUUUGAAAAGCAGAAACGAAAAUAACCUUCUUCAUAUCAGAGCAACAAGUCUAUUUGUUAGAUUAAAAUCUCCGCCCCCGGCGGGUGACAAAUAUCGUGGCAUGGCAUCGGUAAAGGAGACCGGCGUGUUCUUCAGCCAAGGCAGCUCGGCCCAGUUCGAGUACGUGCUCGGUCUGUACCCGCAGGUGCUUAAGCUGAAAGCCCAAAGCAAAUGCAAACGACCGGACGAUCUGAUCCAGCUGGACGACUGGUACCAGAGCAAGCUGCCCCAGCUGAUCAGGAAACGGGGCAAGGACCGGUAUGUCGUCCACGAGGAGCUCGUGAAGACGAUGAAGUGGAAGCAGACGCGCGGCAAAUUCUUCCCUCAGCUCUCGUACCUGAUCAAGGUGAACACACCGCGGGCGGUGCAGGCGGAAACGAGGAAAGCGUUCCGCAAACUUCCCAACCUCGAACAGGCGAUCACGGCUCUCUCUAAUCUGAAGGGCGUUGGGAUCACGAUGGCGUCCGCGCUGCUGGCUGCGGCCGCCCCCGAAACGGCACCCUUCAUGGCGGACGAGUGCCUGAUGGCUAUUCCGGAGAUCGAGGGCAUCGACUAUACGACGCGCGAGUACAUGAACUUCGUCAAGCACAUCCGCAUUACGACGGAUCGGUUGAACCGUGAAUGUCAUCCCGAUGAGCGACCGGAUGCUGCGUUAGAGGACGAAACCAAAGGGGAAGGAUCCGCUACAACUAGUAGUAGUAGUAGUAAUAGUAGUAGUGGUAUUGGUAGUAUUAAUGUUACCACACCAGCUUCGAAGGACAAGUCGACUGCUUCUGACGGAAAUGGAUCAUCGCAUGCGGCUGCCGAUGGUAGCGAGGAUGGUGAGGAUAGUAACAGCUCCAGGUCCAGUGACGGUUCCUCGGCGGAUGUCUCGCUCGUUAAAAACAAACCUGACCCCCCGAACGCAGCUUUGACGCCGCAAGAAAAGAAAUGGUCCCCGCAUCGGGUUGAGCUCGCGCUCUGGACGCACUACGUAGCGAAUGAACUGCAGCCGGAACUGCUGGAACACAUUCCGGAAAACGGCGAGAGUGGUAGUACGGUCACUGACAGCGAAGCGCUGACGAAGGCGUCAGCGACAUGUAGUACACACAGCGUUCACAACCACAAUGACACAGACUCGACCCAGUCAUCGGGUGGCACCAAUGGGAGACCAACGCUUGAGGAACGGGCUGACAAGAGCAAUGGUGACACCGACCAUGGCAAGGGUCGACUCGGUACCGACGAGCCUUCCAAGGACAACAAAAUCCUCGCCAACAUCGGUGACUGUACUGAGAAGGAGGAGAAUAGUCGGGAGAAGUCAAACCUGCAAGACACUGUCAGUAGCAGGCAGCACAGCCCACCACAGGAGCAUGUUGUGUCUUGUCCAGCAAAUAACAAUAGUAGUAGGACGGAUGGUGGAAGUGGUGAUUCGCCCAGCAAUCCAAAGCGAACGUUAGCGGAUGAUGAAGGAGAAGAAGAAGAAGAGGAAUCAGCAUCUCCAGCUUGUAAGAAAAGCAAAUUCGGUUAAAAACCACUGGUACAACCGGUUGGCUGUCUAGGAAUCCACGAGACAACAAUGUCAGCAAGCCUGCCACAAUGGUACAAUGGCAACACUCGAUACCUGUACAAUGGAGUCCCGUAGCACCGAGAAGUGUUUAGGGGCUCUUGACUAGCCGCUCUGUUUUACCAUGUUCCGUUUGACUAGGAAUAAAAGAAUUGUAUGGAAAGUAGGGUAUCCAGACCAUACUUGCAUGUUGUGAAAAUGCAAAUAGAAAUCAAACAUUGUAGAAUAUGAAUACGAAUUAGCCAACUGUUACAGCAUCACACUGACCAUUAGUUACGACACUGCUAUGAAUUAAGCUUAUCACUAUGCAUCCUAACCCUAAUUAUACAUUUAGUUAGAAUGGCCGAUAUUUUACUUUCGCAAAAUAGUUGAAAUCUCUUUUCAUUUUAUUUAAAUUUACUCGAGACAAUCGAAACAUUCGUGUUCAACAAUAGCGACGUACAUCCAAUUAUCACGAUACCUUAAUUUAUACGCAGUUAAGGUUGCCUAGCAGCUGAUUCAGAGUUAAACGUGAGAUGUUCAUGUUAUCUGAUCCACAAUCAGAAAAAAUAUGUAGAUAAUUACAUCUUUUUUGAGAAAAAAGAAAUACAAACAGAGUCAUUUUGUAGAACUGAUUCGAUACAAUAUUACAUUGUUUAUGCGAGUAGCAAGACAGUGCGAACAUAGUUGCAUUGUCCAAUAAUUAUUCAGUAAAACAUUUUAUUCCAUUAAGUACCGAGUGUCUGACAAUUGUCACAUACAAAACCUGCAAUAGUUUGGAAACAUAAAUGAAAUAUGUGAUUCGUUUUCUUUUCUCUAUGCAUAACAUAACUCUCUAUGCAUAGUCGUCACUGUUCGUAACAUAAAGCUUUUUCAUGAAAAUUAUCUCUUUUAAAUAAAACUGAAACAUAAUUUAUUUUCUUCAUUCGUUGUAGUGAAUAAAUAUUUAACCAUAUGGAAAUUGUAAAUUAAUCCUAGUAUCUUGCUUUCAUAAAAACAUUUAAUUGACGCUAACAUUAAAAGCACACCAAUGAUGCAGUAAAUGAGUUAGCAUGAAUAACGCAAAGUAACAAAUUUGAAUCUAAUAAAACACAACUCAAUCCCCAACAUCUAGAUACAACCAUCGCUGACAAUAGUGAGGGUUUUUUUUCAAUAAGUAGCUACAACAUCUGUUGACACGACAUAACUAGAAUGCAAAAGAUGCGGAAGCAUACUAAACAGACAUUCGAAUAUCACAAACAGCCUUCAAAGAUAACUAUGCGGUAUUAUGCAUCGCCAGUCAUAGAGACUUACAAAUUGUCAACAGUUUAUUUCAAUCCUUUACAAAGAUCCACAAACAAGAGUACUAGGUAUAAGCAAAUCGUGAAA